UCCAAACAUAGCCCAAAACCAAAAACUCUGUGUUGUCAAGAACAGAACUGAACUGAACUGAAAGAUUGGCGUAUACAUCUCUAACUGCAACCAAACCAACCCCCCCGUCCCCAGCCGGUUCCGUGGACUGACAUAUCCUACCCCACCUUUCCUUCCUCUUUGCCUGCCAGUAAUAUCUUCAUUUCCAUACCCGCCCUGACAGACAAAAGAACACGAUACCGGAACCAUAUUACUGACAACUCCAUAUGUAAUGGAAGCCGGAUCAUCAUCCUCUAACCGCCCAUUACCCAGAGAAGACUCCCCAUUGCUACCCGCCAAAGGCAACCCCCAAAUCCUCUCUUCUCAACCCAAAACCUUCGCCAAUGUCUUCAUUUCCGUCGUUGGCGCUGGCGUUCUGGGCCUCCCCUACACCUUUAUGCGCACCGGUUGGCUCACCAGCCUCAUCAUGAUUUUCUUUGUCGCCGCUCUCACCUACCAAUGUAUGAUGCUCCUUAUCCAUACCCGGAAGAAGCUUGAGGAUUCUCCAGUUGGUGGCUUCCCCAAGAUCACAUCUUUCGGUGAUUUGGGCUUCGUCGUUUGUGGCUCUAUUGGUAGGUUCGCCGUUGAUUUCAUGGUCGUUCUCUCCCAAGCUGGCUUCUGCAUUGGCUAUCUCAUUUUCAUCGGUGACACUCUCGCCAUUCUUUUCCGCUCCUCAUUCACAUCGCCUGCUGCGGGGCACAAAAUUAUGGAGCUUUCCGUGUCCGCCAAGAGCGUAUACAUUUGGAGUUGUUUUCCGUUUCAGCUCGGAUUAAAUUCAAUACCAUCGCUUACCCUUUUGGCUCCUCUCAGCAUAUUCGCUGAUGUAGUGGAUUUAGGUGCAAUGGGAUUGGUUAUGGUUGAGGAUUUCUUGAUAUUUACCAAGCAGAUGCCUGCAGUCGAGGCUUUUGGCACUCUUUCUACCUUUUUUUAUGGAUUGGGCGUGGCUGUGUAUUCCUUUGAGGGGAUUGGAAUGGCUUUGCCUUUAGAAUCUGAGAUGAAAGACAAGUCCAAGUUCGGAAAGAUCUUGGGCAUGACCAUGUUAUUUAUUGCUGUCAUGUAUGGGGCAUUUGGAGCAAUGGGUUACUUUGCAUUUGGUGGUAAUACAAGAGAUAUCAUUACGGCCAACAUGGGUAAAGGAACGUUGAGCACUUUGGUUAAGCUGGGUCUCUGCAUUAAUUUGUUCUUCACAUUCCCAUUGAUGAUGAACCCCGUGUAUGAAGUAUUCGAGAGGAGGUUUUGGGACGGGAAGUAUUGCUUGUGGAUGAGGUGGAUGCUUGUUCUGGCUGUGAGUUUGGUCGCUUUGUUUGUCCCAAAUUUUGCUGAUUUCUCGUCAUUGGUGGGAAGUAGCACCUGCUGUGCACUUGGCUUUGUGUUGCCUGCAAUGUUCCAUUACCUCACAUUCAAGGAUGAGAUGAGCUGGAGAGGAGCUAGUGGAGAUUUCAUCAUAAUUGUCUUGGGCAUUGCUCUUGCAGUUUCUGGAACUUGGUACUCCCUCUCAGAGAUUUUCCACGUAAAUACGUGAAAUCAAGGUUCUUCAUUCUUGAACCAUUGUGAAUGCCCUCUUGUUUCAAUAUGCUUUUGCAAUCAUUGUAACAAGCCAAUUUCUUUGUUACAAGAUUUUCCCUUUGCAAGAGUUUGUGUCCAUCCAAUCUAGAAGAUUUUUACUUAUACACAUCUACGUUCAAAGAUUUGUCAACAUAAUGUUUAAUUUUGCUUUCCUCAUUAGUCGAGAGGAUUUAUAUCCCAUUUUACAUGGAUAAUCUUUUGCUUUCCAUGUUUUGGUCAAUAAUGAAUUGAUGAAGAAGGUAGAGAAAAAUGUCAAUCUUCUGUUUGUCAUCCUUGGGGUUUAAUUUAUAUACUAUGGAAAAAUAAUUAUGAUGUUUUGGUGACUGGUGUACUUAUAGUUAGUCAUGACGUUCUCAAGUAUAUUUGAUCAUUUUAUCUUGCUCUUUUACAAGGAACGCAAGGGCUUCUCCUUGUUUCUCUAUUAUUUAUUUGGCUAUGAUUGCGUCUGAAAUGGCAUUCAUCAUAUUUCUCCAGAUUCUACAGAAAAUUGAUGACACAACAGUUUUCGAAUUGUAAUGACCCGAGCAUUUGCC